GCGUGCAGCGUGUACCAUCGAUGGCGCCACGAGUUCCUUCGUAUCACUUCCGGAAUACGAAAUGACGCACGAAUUCAGACAACCAUAUUAGCCUUAACAAAAUAAUCAUUUUUCUCCUCAAUCACGCUCGUGUUUUUCGUACGCGUGCUUUAUUGACUUCUAUACGUCUCUUUACGUUGUUCGCAUUAGAAGACUUUAAAUGUGGCUACGUUUAUAAGUAAAUAAACAAGACAUCCUAUACACAAUCGAAAAGGCAUUCCACAUCAACUACUGUAUUUCAUCUACGUUGCAGCUAUGGUACAUCUGUACAGUUGUACACACUUUCUUCGUUGCACGUUAAACAUUAUACAAACAUUUUUCUAAAAACCUUUACUAAAACUACUGAGGAGAUACUCCUCGGUACUAAAACUUGUCACAAUUUCAGUAAAUGUCUACUAUGAGAAAGACAGAGUCUUCUUCAAUUCUGUUGAGAUUACUUCAUAAUCUAACAUAUUCAACGAAAAUCUGUUAGUAACCAGAUUUUUUGUAAUGCAACAUUAUUAAAAAAUGGCAGAUACAAUUGUUACUUUGAAUUUAGCGCUUCGGGCAGCCCCACUUUUUAUCCGUUUUGGUAGGGGUUACGCGGCCGCGCAUACGUGAGCAAACAUAAAGGGGAUCCGUGAUCCGUUUCCUCAAGUACCAGUAAGUAACCGUGUGCACCGUGUGUAGUCUGUGUAGUCAGUCGGUGUAGUCUUGUCACGAACCGUUACGACCAGAGGUGUCUCCUAUCCUCGCAUCGGUGUACUGCACGGUGAAGCUUUACUAUUUAACCCGCCUGCAGUAAAUAUCUUGAUUUGGCAAAGAUUCGACAAUCAUCGCUUUUUUCAAAACUCGUUCACUGAUCACGAGAGAGGAGCAAAGAUCAAAAGGAAAAACCGAUCCAGUAGUUCACAAGGUUCAUGUGUUACGACGCACAACGAGAUGAAGCUCACACGAAAGUGUUUCGGGAGCAUCAGCAAGAUGUUGGACUUUUACUCGCAAUUCAACCCCUCGCCGCUUUCGAUAAAACAGUUCAUCGAUUUCGGGGGAAGUUUUCACAAGCUAAAGAGUUUGACGGAAAGAAAGUUCCAUUCUUUGAGAAUCGACUAUAUAAAUUGUCGAGUGACUUUGGCCGCAGUCCUGUUGCUGCUCUUUCAUGUCUAAGUGCGUGCGAGAGGAAGUCUUUUAUAUUUCUAAGGAAAGAACUACCGGUCCGGCUCGCUAACAUUAUGAAAGAGAUCCACCUACUACCGGACAACUUACUGAAAAUGCCCAGUGUGGGUAUAGUUAAUAAAAUGUAUGCCACUUCAUUCGAGGAUAUUCUGCAGUUCGAAAAAGUCGAAGUCAACGAGGCCACUCUGGACACAUUUUGCCAGACUUUAGUAAAAAUCCGGAACAGGCAUAAGGACAUCGUUGAGACGAUGGCGCAAGGUGUCUUGGAACUGAAAGAAUCCCAUGAAGUUGACGUUCAAACGGAGAACAAUAUUCAGUAUUUUUUGGAUAGAUUUCUCAUGUCUCGAAUCUCAAUUCGUAUGCUGAUCAAUCAACAUACUCUUCUAUUUGGCAAUGAACUGAAUGGGCACAGUACGCACGUAGGAUCCAUAGACCCGUCGUGUGACGUUAUCAGUGUUGUGAAAGACGCAUACGAGAAAGCGAGGUUGCUAUGCGAUCAAUAUUAUCUGGCUAGUCCGGAACUGAUAGUCAAGAAACAUAAUGAAUACGAACGAUGUAGCGAAAUCAGAAUAGUUUACGUGCCGAGUCAUUUAUUCCACAUGCUGUUCGAAUUGUUCAAGAACAGUAUGCGAGCUGUUAUGGAACACCACAGCGAUAGUUCGGAUUAUCCACCAAUAGAAGUGAUCGUAUCGCGUGGCAAAGAAGACAUUUGCGUCAAAAUGUCCGAUCGAGGUGGUGGUAUACCUCGCUCACAGAUGGACCAUUUGUUCAAGUAUAUGUACAGCACGGCACCAAGGCCGACCACAACCGACCCUCUUGCUGUGCCGCUUGCUGGAUACGGUUACGGUCUUCCAGUAUCUCGAUUGUACGCUAGAUAUUUUCACGGUGAUCUCGUUCUCCAGAGUUGCGACGGUUACGGUACCGAUGCCAUCGUGUACCUCAAGGCUUUAUCGAACGAAGCCAAUGAACUGUUGCCAAUCUUCAACAAGACUUCAUCCAAGUUCUAUCGAACCCAAGUAUCGAAUAGCGACUGGAGUAGUCAGUGUGGUGGCGGAAUGGCCACGAGGCAACUACGUAUGAGCAACUUUCAAGGGUACAAGCUUCCACAAGGAAUGGAAGUCAGGCAAUGCUAGCGAAAUUUUAGUCCUAUGGAUCAAAGAACGGGGAAUGUUUCCUCUUUAACGAAAUAUUUCGCUAAUGAAUUCUAAACGAUCGACGGAACAUCGAAAUUCGACAGAUUGCUAAGGAGGCUCGAAAAACAGCUUUGAAACUUUCGUGUGUCACGUAGAAAAAUAACAUGACGAUCGAUAGCUCCUGUAAUCGGAUUCGUAUUUUCCACGACAAUUUGUGAUCAUUGCUUAUGUCGAAUAUGUGAAAUAACUGGUUACUCGUUAUAUCUAUGAUUACGAUACCUAACAUAUCACAAUUAUUGAAAGUUACAUCUUAGGUUUUUUGUUAUUUUCUUUUUUCUUAUCUUGACGUAAUGAUGAAAAUGAUGAAACGGAUGGGGCAUCCAGAUAACACUAAGAGCUUGUUUUUUCAGACAAUUAUCUGAACGCCCCGUUAAAAUUAUUUUCCUUUUUUUAUACAUUUACAUAGUAGUAUCUAUCAUUGAGAAAGCAUUUUAAUCAUAUGAUUAAUUAUGAAGCAUUUCUUUUUCGAACAAGAAAUAAUACGGACGAAUGUGAUAGAUUCGUGACAAGGGUUUUCUUACAACUUGAUGCGACGAAAUGUGAACUGUGAUUGAUGUACGAUUUUAGUUGAAUUUCAUAAGUAGGCAAACGUUAAGCUCGUUAAUGUUAAUCAUGUUAAUUAGAUUGACUAUCUUUAACUGUACAAAGAAAAAAAAGAUAAAAUUGAUAACUUAAAGAUUACUCAAAAAUUGCGAAUUAUACAAAGUGAUAUAUACGUCGCAACAAGACUAGUUGGAAAAAAAGAGUGAUAUAUUAUACGUAUUUACUUCAUUCUCCUCGAAAGUAUUUUAUAUACCGUGAAGAAGUAAGUGCACACACAUCACUUCAAUGACAUUUUUCAUGAACUUUUAUAAAACUAAACGAACAAUUUGUACACAAUACAUUUCUUUCCUGGGAAACGAUAUGAUUCUCGUACGUGUCUCAUUUAUACUUUUCAUGUAUUCUAUGUGCAUUUUUUCGUAACGGAUGUGUUAAUAUCGACUCGAGAAAUUGAAAUGACUACUGUAAGCACUACCAAAAGGGCGUACUUAGAGCGUAUCAUGAAUAAUUGUUCCUAAAAUCAGUAAACGUACACGAUACGAAAUCGUACGAAUUGUACCGUAUGUGGAAAAUAGUAUCACAUUGGCAAUCGUUUUUUAAAUGUGAAUGUACUCUGUAUGUUUUCACGUGUAUAUGUGUAAUCUUACGUUUUUUAGAGUAAUCAAAAUUAUGUUUGUCCAUGGGACAAUUUCUAGGAAUAAUUACUGUAGGGACAUUCGUGUGCAUAGCACGAAUAAAAACUUAUAAAACAUUGUUAAUAAACAUAUUGUAAGAUAAAGGAAUAGCUUAUAAAACAUUGUUAAUAAACAUAUUGUAACAUAAA